AUGUUUAUUGCUGCUGCUAUUGUAUUUGGUCUUGCUACUUCUGCUUUCGCGAUUCCGUCAACUCCGAUUAUAUCGCUGCCUGCCUUUUAUUCGCCCCAAACCGUGGCCAAGUUUACCUCGACUAUUCCCAAUGGUCUGGCUACUUCCAGUUUGACCACUCUUAAAAAUAUUGCCAGCGACCACCUUCACAAGUCUCUUGCUCUUGGUUCAGGAGUGACUAUUGUUCCAUCUGCUUCGUUCCAAGACAACCAUAGCGGUGUGUACCAUAAUUAUGUUACCCAGGCAGUUAAUGGUGUUGUGAUUGCCAAUUCAGUUGCUUCGGUUUCUACUGAUAAAAGCGGAAAUAUCAUCUCCCAAACAAGUUCAUGGGUAAAUGUCCAGUCUGAGCCCAAUCUCGGCAGGUUUUCGAGUUUAAAGACAAUCUCUCCAGUCGAUGCUCUGGUUGCUCUUGCUGCUUCAUUAGGCAUCCAAAUCGACGGGAAAACGCUUACGACAUCGCCUGAUCCAAAUUUCCCUGAAUCACUGGUGAUUCAUGGUGCACAAAGUAUUACCAAUCAAACAAUUACUGUUAGUGACAAAUUGUACAAAACUGCCUCGAGUCUGCGUCCUGUUUGGGAGUGCAGUUUACCAUUGAGCGUGUCGUGGAUUUCUGCUUUUGUCGACAAGGAAACCGGCAAGGUUCUCGGGGCUUCUGAUUGGUCGUCAUCUGCUGUUCGAACUGAAGAUGGCCGUAUUAUUCCUCAAGCAAACUACUUCAUCACCCAACCCUACUGCUGGUCCUGA